AACAUUCAGAACUCCGACGGCCGCCGACCGCGGAGGACUCGUUAAGGAAACAAGUUUAUAUCGUGUUUAGUGUAAGCUUUCUGUGGUAUUUCCAUUAAAAAUGAAGCUUUUAAUAUUCGCAUCUGCGUUGUUUGUCGCUGCGAGCUAUGUCAACGGACAAUCGUGCACAACUACGAACGGUGACAGCGGGAAUUGCGUGACGAUCCACAAAUGCCCGUCGCUGCUGCAGAUCCUCAACAAACCGAACAGGUCGCCAGCUGACGUGGACUUGCUUAGGAAGUCCGCGUGUGGAUUUGAGGGAAACACUCCUAAGGUUUGCUGCCCCUGCUAUACACCGUACGGCGAACUCGGGAAAUGCAUCAGCAUAUACACGUGUCCACACCUCGCUAAACUGCUGGUUCCGCCCGUGACCACUGAGAGUAUGUCGUUGGUAGAAGCCUCGAGAUGUCAAGGUCCCGACGACUACAGCGUGUGCUGCGGGCCUCCUCCCGACAGCAUCUCAGAGGGCUCUUGUAAGUCGAGGUUGAGUGCCCUCCCUCCCGAUCCCAGGAGUGGAUGCUGCGGCGUCGGCGCAGGAACUCAUGACAAGAUCAUAGGGGGCACGGAGACCAGAGUGGAUGAGUACCCGUGGAUGUCGGUCAUCGAAUACUUGAAGACAGACAACAAGAUCGCGCUGCUCUGUAUCGGAUCUCUCAUCAGCAGCAGAUACGUCCUCACAGCCGCCCACUGUCUCACCGGGACUGUUCUCAAAAUAGGCACACCGAAGAACAUUCGACUCGGAGAUUACGAUUUGAGCCACGAUGGGCCUGACUGUGUAACCGUGGAUGGCUUUGCCUUGGACUGCACCGACGAUAUCGUCGUCCUCCCCAUCGAGAAGACUAUUUCACACGCCGAGUACAACCCUAUUACAAAGCAUAACGACAUCGGCCUCGUUAGGACGAAGCAGGCUGCUCCUUAUACAGACUUCAUCCAACCCAUCUGCCUGCCAGUCGUCGACGUCACGGCGAAGCCGCUUCCCAACUUCAAGCUGUGGGUGGCCGGCUGGGGCGACUUCAACAACACCCACACCAAGAGCAUGGUUAAACUUCACGUCCGUUUACCCUUUGUUAGUCAAGAGGAAUGCCAACCAGCGUACAGCGUAGCGAGACGUAAAAUAGAUUUAUGGAGCGGCCAGAUAUGCGCGGGAGGUGAAGCCAGAAAGGACUCCUGCAAGGGGUCAUCUGGGGGACCCCUCAUGUUAAAAAAUGAAAGGAUAUACGAAAUUAUUGGACUAGUCAGCUUCGGACCAGCCCCGUGUGGCAUGGAUGACGUCCCUGGCGUGUACAGCAAAGUUUACGCGUAUCUCGACUGGAUAAAGGGAAACAUUGAACAAUCGUGCACGACUGCGAAAGGUGACAUCGGAAACUGCGUGACGUUUAAAAAAUGCCCGUCGCUGCUGCAGAUCAUAAACAAAUCGAACAGGUCGCCAGCUGAAGUGGACUUGCUCAAGAAGUCCGCUUGUGGAUUCGAGGGGAGAACUCCUAAGGUAUGCUGCCCGUGCCACACACCGUACGGCGAACCCGGGAGAUGCGUCGGCAUAUACUCGUGUCCGCACCUCGCUGAAAUGAUGACGGCGCCAGUGACCAGUUACAACAAGCUGUUUAUUCAAGCCUCGAAAUGCCAAGGCCCCGAUGCCUACAGCGUGUGCUGCGGAUCUCCGCCCGAGAGCAUCCAGAAGAACGGUUGCGAUUCAAGGCUGAGCGCCUUCCCUCCCGACCCGAGGACUGAGUGCUGCGGCCUCGACGGCGGAGCAGAUAAUAAGAUCACAGGGGGUUCUGCAACAAAUGUGGAUCAGUACCCGUGGCUGACGCUCAUCGAAUACGCGAGGUCGGACAACAGCAUCGCGCUGCUUUGUGGCGGGGCGCUCAUCAGCAGCAGAUACGUCCUCACUGCCGCUCAUUGUAUCACCGGGAGUAUCCUCAAAAAUGGCACGCCAAAGAACGUUCGCCUCGGAGAAUACGACUCGAGCCACACCGGGCCCGACUGUAUACUCGUGGAGGGAGGUGGCGAGGACUGCACCGAGGGCAUCGUCGUCCUUCCCAUCGAGAAAUCCAUCCCCCACCCCGAAUACAACCCUAUCACAAAGCGUAACGACAUCGGCCUUAUUCGAACACAACGGGCUGCUCCUUACACAGACUUCAUCAGACCCAUCUGCCUACCAGUGGUCGAUAUCACGGUGACGCCGCCGCCCAACUUCAAGCUGUGGGCGGCCGGUUGGGGCGCCAUCAACAGUACCGUCAAGAAGAGCUCAAUCAAGCUUCACGUGGAUUUACCAUUUGUGAGCCAGAGGGAAUGCCAACCAUCCUACGUCAAACCAGGACUCAAAGCAGAUUUAUGGAAUGGCCAAUUGUGCGCGGGAGGUGAAGCCGGAAAGGACUCCUGCAGGGGUGACUCCGGGGGCCCCCUUAUGUUUGAAAAUGAAAAGCUAUACGAUAUGCUUGGAGUAGUCAGCUUCGGACCGUCUCCGUGUGGCAAGGAAGACGCCCCUGGCGUAUACACCAAAGUUUACGCGUAUGUCGACUGGAUAAGGGAAAACAUUUACCCUUGAAAUACUUUAUCAAAUGCUUCUGAGAAAGACACGACACGACAAGACAACAGAUAUGGCCUUUGGAAAUUUGCUUAAAAUUAGAUUUUGUGAUAUUUGUGAUCAAUUCGUACUUAAUAUCAAUUGCGUCGUGACAGUUUUAUCUAGUAUUGGAGUUGCCGUUUAUGAAAAAGACAUUUAUUAUUAAUAUGAAUUCAUCUCAAAUUGCGAGUUGCAGCACACGUUGACUGACUGAUUGAAAUAGUAAUUAUUGAAUUGAUCAAAGUUUAUAGAUAUUUAAGUUUCUGAACUGUCUCCUAAUUUUAUGAAAAUUCUUCAAACUCUUUAAAACUUUCUUCUUUCUUUUAAUCAAAAUUAUCUUGCUGUUUUGAAUCAUUUUUAAUUUACUAAUAUUUAAUGCUCAAGAAUGUAGACUGGUGAAUAAUAAUGUAAGCACUAAUGUAAUUUUAAUCAUAAUAAUAAUUUUAAUAAAAGCAUUGUAUAGAAA